AUGUAAAUGUAAAUAUAAACCACGUUUCCAGUCCCCCGACACAAACAUCUCAAAUCUCUAACAUUCAGACUCAGCGAGCCUCUAUACAGCACCAGGUGGCUUAUUGAUGAGAUCUUUAUACAGGUCAGUGUUUUAUUUGUGCUGAUGGAGUCCUGAUAUUGCUGUGUUUUAGCUGAUCAGCUUUAUCAGGAGUAGUGAUUACCCAAUAGAUCAUUAAUCACCUCAUUAUGAUUUCAAUAAAAAGAUUAUACCUUUAACAGUUAUAUCAUAUAUAAAUAUUCUACAAAUAUCUACUGGAGGAAUGAAUUAUGAAGCAAAGCAGCAGGAAGCAGUUUUUAUAAUCCUGCAUAAACGUUUGAGUACAUAAACAUUAUUUGUGUUUUUUGUUUCCGCUGCAACUGACACUAAUGCUUUAAACACUAAUGAAUGUGGAAGUGCAGAUUUUCUUUGAUGUGAAGGAUGAUGAUAAAACAGAACACAUACUGACCUGAAACAAGAACAACACUGCCAUCAUCUGGAGAAGCAGCAGACAACAAAGACCAGGAGAAACAAAUGCAGGGCAAUGAGACAGCUGCAGGAAUCCUGUGUGAAGCCUGUUUUCACACCGGAGACUCUGAUGGUGCAGUUUGGAGAUCCUGCUGAAGUGAACUGCUCCAUACCAAACAAACCUGAUGGAGAAUUCAUACUGGGGUGGGAAUCUAAAUCAUCACAACCAAGUACAAACACUGAGACGAGUGUGAUGUGGAAGGUGGACAAGCUGGUGGAAUGGGAGGAGGCUGGAGGAGUUCGAUGUUUCUUCAGUGGAAAAGAUUCUCAGUGUGACACUAAUUUAAAUCUCACCAUUUACAAGGAGCCAGACAGUGUUAAUCUAAGCUCUGUAUCUGAUGUGUGGGUUGAAGGAGAUCAGACAGAGCUGAGGUGUGAGGUUAAAAAUGUUGGUCCUGGAUGUAACCUCAGUGUACGCUGGAGCAGAGCAGAUCCCAAACAAAACACUUUCACACAGUUCAAUGAAACGUUCUUCCCAGAGUUGAAACAAGAGAUGAAGAACGUGAGCAGAACCGCAGUCUUACACGUGACCCCCAGCCGUGAAGAUGAUGGAGUGCAGUAUCAGUGUACAGCUGUGCUGCAUCUCCACCAAACACUCGUGUUCCCAUCUGGCGAUCACCAUCAGUGUACACUAUAAACCAAACAUUAUAGAGCCAUUAGAUUCUACAGUAACAGUAAGUGAAGGUGAAAAUCUGACGCUGACCUGCUCAGCCCAUGGAA